UUCGAGGCACGUAAUAAAAGCGGCAAUACUGCUGCUCUGAUUGUCGUUUGCAACCCUGGUGCAACUGCUCAGCUGAUACUUUUCUGAUGUUCAGCGCUUGUUUUGCAUAGAUUGACAAAAAUUAAUACGCAAAUUAAAAAUAAUGGAGUUUUCUAUAAAUAUUUUGCUGGAUAAUUUCGAAACGGACGGUAAUUUUCUUAUGAUAAUGGCAAAAAAAAGAAUGAAGCGCAUAAAGAAAAGAAAUUGGAUGAGACAGGAAUUGUGUCGGAGGAGAAAUGUGACGAAAACGGUUCACUUUUUUAAAACGAUUAAAUUGUAUCCAAAUGACAUUUAUUUUACACAUUUUCGGAUGUCCCGUGAAACAUUUAGUGUAAGUUGUGUGACUUUGAUUUUGAAAUAAAAAAUUGUAAUAGGUAUAUUUAUAGAAAUUGAAGACUGAACUCGAACCAUUUUUUUCAAAUGUUCCCGGUGAGUACUCAUUGGAGCAAAGCUUGCACAUAACAUUAUGGAAACUGGGCAAUAGUAGGGUCACCUAUCGUGAACUUUCUGACAGAUUUGGUAUUGGAAAAGGAACAGCCCACAAAGUCUUUUUUAAAACCGUUGAAGCUAUAUGUAAGCUUAAAAACGAGAUUUCUUGGCCAUCUGCUUCUCAGCAGACCAAGAUCAUCGAAGAUUUCCAAGAAAGCCGGGUGAACUCCUUUCCAUUUGUAGUAGGGUGCCUGGAUGGAACCCAUUUCCACAUAAACACCCCGAGGACAGAUGCCAUAAGCUAUUAUGAUCGAAAAGGAAGCUAUUCAAUAAUUAUGCAGGCCAUAUGCGACAGCGCCUUUCGUUUUUUGGAUGUUUUUAUCGGCUUUCCGGGCAGCUGCCACGACGCUAACGUGUGGAAAAAUAGCCCACUUUACAAAGGAAUAGCUUCUGGACAGAUUCAUCUAGCUAAAGAUGCUGUAAUUUUAGCAGACUCAGCAUAUCCUCUUUCCAAAUACAUAAUGGUUCCAUACAGAGAUAAUGGACAUUUGUCAAGAGAAGAGAAGCAGUUUAAUUACUAUUUAAGUUCUACUCGCGUUUUUAUUGAGCAAGCCUUUGGAAUUUUAAGGCAGAAGUUUAAGAUUUUAAAUCACAUAGAUGUGAAAUCUCAAAAAGAUAUUUCAAAAGUCGUGUUAGCUUGUUCAAUUUUACAUAAUUUUAUAAUACGAAAUAGUACAACAAAUUUCGAAGUUGAGAAUACGUUUGUAAAUUUAGAAGAUGGAAAUAAUCCAGAAAUCGAAUUACCGGAAAACAUCAAUGACACUAAUGAAGGCGUUGAAAAAAGAAAUAAUUUAAAGAUGUUAUUUGUUUCAUAAUGGUUUUUAUUUACAUAUGUACAUGCACACAUUUUCCUUUUGUUACAUUGAACUCAUUUUUAUUUUUAA